AGCGCCCUGAAGUGCGGCCGCCGCCGCGUGCCUGAGCCCCGCCCCGCGCCUUUCUCUCCCGGCCCCAAGAUGGCGGAGUACGACUUGACCACCAAAAUCGCGCACUUCUUGGACCGGCACCUGGUCUUCCCCCUGCUCGAGUUCCUCUCUGUCAAGGAGAUAUACAAUGAGAAAGAACUCCUCCAAGGAAAACUGGAUCUUCUUAGCGAUACCAACAUGGUGGAUUUUGCUAUGGAUGUGUAUAAAAAUCUUUAUUCUGAUGAAAUUCCUCAUGCUUUGCGUGAAAAGAGAACUACUGUUGUUGCACAGCUGAAACAGCUUCAGGCAGAAACUGAACCUAUUGUCAAGAUGUUUGAAGAUCCAGAGACUACAAGGCAAAUGCAGUCCACUAGGGACGGUCGAAUGCUGUUUGACUAUUUGGCUGAGAAGCAUGGUUUUAGGCAGGAGUACUUAGAUACACUCUACAGGUAUGCAAAAUUCCAGUAUGAAUGUGGUAAUUACUCGGGAGCUGCAGAAUACCUCUACUUUUUUAGAGUUUUGGUUCCAGCAACAGAUAGAAAUGCUUUGAGUUCUCUGUGGGGAAAGCUGGCAUCUGAAAUCUUGAUGCAGAACUGGGAUGCAGCCAUGGAAGAUCUCACAAGGUUAAAGGAGACAAUAGAUAAUAAUUCUGUCAGCUCUCCACUGCAGUCCCUUCAGCAAAGAACAUGGCUUAUCCACUGGUCUUUAUUUGUGUUUUUCAACCAUCCUAAAGGGAGAGACAACAUCAUUGACCUAUUUCUCUAUCAACCACAGUAUCUCAAUGCGAUUCAGACAAUGUGCCCACAUAUCCUGCGAUACCUAACAACUGCAGUCAUAACAAAUAAGGAUGUUCGAAAACGUAGACAAGUGCUAAAAGAUUUAGUCAAGGUUAUUCAGCAGGAGUCCUACACAUACAGAGAUCCCAUCACAGAGUUUGUGGAGUGCUUGUAUGUUAAUUUCGAUUUUGAUGGCGCACAGAAGAAAUUGAGGGAGUGUGAAACAGUGCUUGUGAAUGAUUUCUUCUUAGUGGCAUGCCUUGAGGACUUUAUUGAGAACGCUCGUCUCUUUAUAUUUGAGACUUUUUGUCGCAUCCAUCAAUGUAUCAGCAUUGGCAUGUUGGCCGAUAAACUAAAUAUGACUCCCGAAGAAGCUGAAAGAUGGAUUGUCAAUCUAAUUCGAAAUGCACGGUUAGAUGCCAAAUUGGAUUCAAAGCUGGGCCAUGUAGUUAUGGGCAACAAUGCAGUCUCCCCUUAUCAACAAGUGAUUGAAAAGACCAAAAGCCUGUCUUUUCGUAGCCAAAUGUUGGCUAUGAACAUUGAGAAGAAAUUAAACCAGAGUGGUAGAUCCGAGGCACCUAACUGGGCUACUCAAGACUCGGGCUUCUACUGAGAUACAUCUGCAGAGGGGAAGAAAUCAGUUUUCAUUUGACUAAAAAUCACAUGAUUAAAUAUAUGGGUUUUUUUGAGAAAAGGUAAUUAUGUGUUCUGUCAAAUUAUUUGAAUAAAAUUGGCUACUUUUAA